AUGGCAGAAAGUGGAAAAUCAAAGCUCUUCAUUCAUUUUGAAAGUUGUGCCAGACCACUACGAAGACACGUCAGCAAUAGCAAAGAAACGUCCAAAUUUAUCUGCAAAGAGGCAAACGAAAAGGAGGAUUUCUUAAUCCGAUGCUGCUUGGCCUACAAGCUGAGAAAGGACAGAGAUUCUUCGCUUCCUCGAAUCUUCGAGGCGUGUGUGAAUAGAGUUCAAUCUGAAGUCACGUCUCAACCUAUAAUGCAGCAACAGGGUUAUAUACCUAAUGGGCAACAACUCGGGUAUUUGUCAUCAGUUCAACAAGGAUCUAUAUCUCAACCGAAUGCACCGGUUGGAGGUGUCGAUGAUGAUAUUCCAUAUUUAGGACUGUACUAAGAAAGCUGACGAAGAACUUAUUUAUUUAAAUUAAUUUUUAUAUUUACGAUAUUGUAAAUUAUCUUUACUACGAUUUUCAAUAAAGAUUCUCAGAAUUCCUUGCA